AUGUUCAAAAAGAACAAGUCCCUUGAACGCAAGGGAGAAUUAGUCUUUCCAGGAGUUCCACGGCCCAUAAUGAAGACUAUGAGAAAUUUUCACUCUUUGUCACAACUUGUGCUCUCAGCGGGCCCUCUGAAGUCAAAUCAAGCAACCAGACAUUCAAAAACCACUCACUUUGAGAUCGAAAUACUUGAUGCUCACACAAGGAAACAGAUAUGUAUUUUGGAUAAGAUGCCACAAACAUCUACUAUUCAUGAUGUUAAACAAAGAUUUCACAAAACAUGUCCAAAGUGGUAUCCUUCUCGGAUUGGCUUACAGCUAGAAUGUGGUGGACCUUUUCUGAAGGACUGCACUUCCAUUCAAAGGGUUGCAUCAGCCUCAAUUGUCACCCUCUAUUUCACAGACCUGGGUCGACAAGUCAGUUGGACCACCGUAUUUUUGGCUGAAUACACAGGGCCUCUGCUAAUAUACCUCCUCUUUUAUCUGAGAAUCUCCUAUAUAUAUGAUGUGAAAGAAAGUUCUAAAAAAGUACGCCACCCUGUAGUACAUUUGGCUUGCUUCUGCCAUUGUAUUCACUACAUACGAUUUCUUUUGGAAACUUUAUUUGUUCACAAAGUUUCUACAGGAUAUACACCUUUGAAAAACUUAAUAAAGGGUUGUGCCUUUUAUUGGAUAUUCACUUCUUGGAUUGCCUACUACAUUAAUCACCCACGAUAUACACCACCAUCAUUUGGAACCAGGCAAAUCACAGUGUCUGCUAUCAAUUUUCUGAUUUGUGAAGCUGGGAAUCAUUUCAUCAAUGUGAUGUUAGCUCAUCCAAAUCACACAGGAAAUAAUGCUUGCUUCCCAAGUCCAAAUUAUAACCCUCUUACAUGGAUGUUUUUCCUGGUUUCAUGUCCUAACUACACUUAUGAGAUUGGAUCAUGGAUUAGUUUUACAAUAAUGACUCAAACACUGCCAGUUGGGAUUUUUACACUUCUGAUGAGUAUCCAGAUGUCUCUGUGGGCACAAAAAAAACAUAAGAUUUACUUGAAGAAAUUCAAUUCAUACGUGCAUAGGAAAUCAGCAAUAAUUCCAUUUUUAUUGUAAAUAAAAGGUGUUUUCCCAACAUAUCCAGAAACACAAUAUAUGACUUCCCCAAUCAUAGAGUCAAGACUGGCUAUAAUGCUGUGAUAGUUCAUGAACAACAAUGUUCUUACUGAAAAAAUUAUACAAUUGCAUGAUGGAUCCAAAUUUAACAUAGUUAAAGUAAUGAAAGUGAAGCUACAGUUAAUCAAUGAAAAAUAAUUUUGGGACUAUAAUAAGCACUGGAACUUUGAACAAAUUUAUGAACAUUUUUGAAAGUUAAGAUUUUUUGAAUAGUACUAAUUUCAAAUAAUAUGUUGAUAAUCAAUUUUUUCUCUAUGGUCUAAUGCACUAAAGUGUUACAUUUCUUGUAUUAUUAGUUAAUUUCUUGUGAA